CCAAACAAGGUGAAUCCGGUCAUGUCGUCAACGGUGGAUUAGAUUGGAGCACCGAUAAGCCAUUCAACAAUCAGGCCCCGAUAACUUACCCCCGAUGUACUUGAAUGCACUAACGAGUUUCACAGCAGCAAAGACUUGGAACCUAAUUGUCCUGUUAGAGUCACAUGCAUACAAUGGAGCUGUCAGUGAAUUUCGGGGCCACGGUUUAACGUUAUCAGCCCAAUCGACAAUAAUUCGUCACAUAUCUCGUUGUGGCGUUCCACCCUAAUCGGUCCCAGCCGCUGCUUCAGAGUAAGGUCGAUCAGUUCAUUAGACAGGCCGGCCAGUGUCACGGUAAUCAUGCAGCUGGAAGUGGGCGAUAUCUUGUGGACGGUCGCCAUACUGCUGACCGUUCUGGUCGGUUGGCGAAAGCACAACUACUGGAACAGGGUUGGCGUACCGUACAUACCGGAGAUCCCGGUGAUCGGUAACUUUAGCACGAUCUUCCUGCAGCGCCACUCGAACUUUGAGUAUAUCGAGCACAUCUACCAUCACGCCCGUACGCGGACGAGCGAUUUUUUCGGCGUUAACAUCUUCACCCGGCCGGCACUGGUGUUGCGCAGUCCGGAGCUCAUCAAACGGUUAACAUGUACCGAUGCGAACCGGUUCAUCAAUCGGCAGAUGUGUGCGGAUCGAUUUCACGACCUGGUCGGGUACUACAAUCUGAUCAUGAUCCGGGACCCGCUGUGGAAGCAGCUGCGUGGGUUGCUUUCACCGUCCGUUACGAGUGCGAAGUUGAAGCGCAUGCAACCACUUAUCGAGCAGGUCGGUGCAGACAUGGUGGCGUCACUCGACGCACUGCCAGCGGUACGGGGGAACGUUCGUGAGACGGAAUUUAAAGAGCUGUGCGCCCGGUUCACCACCGACGUGAUUGCGAGCACCUUCUUCGGCAUGCAGGCCAACUGUCUGAAGGAUGAGCAUUCCGAGUUCCGGUACUAUGGGCGGAAGAUUUUUGACUAUGGACCGGCCCGCGGUUUGACGAUGGCAUCGUUCUUCUUUAUGCCCGAGCUGGUGCCCUACCUGCGCUUGAAGCUGUUCCCCCGCGACACGGAAGCAUUUCUGAAGACCAUCAUCGAGCAGGAGAUCGCUAGGCGUGAGCGGACGGGUGAAAGCCGGGGCGAUUUCAUCGAUUCGAUGAUUGCGCUGAAAAACAAUAAUGCCACGCUUGGGGUGACGGAGAAGAUACCACUGAAAGGUGACAUACUGGUGGCGCAGGCGGCAACCUUCUAUAUGGCCAGCUUCGAAACGACCUCUUCGGUGCUGUCGUUUGCUCUGUACGAGUUGACGAAGAAUCCACAAAUACAAGCUCAACUGAGGGAAGAAAUUCGUCUAAUUGUCCGUAAAUAUGGACAGGACAUUCCCUACGAAGCGUAUGCGAAUGAGAUGCCCUACCUAGGCAUGGUCAUUUCGGAAACGGCUCGCCUUUAUCCCGUUUUGCCAUUCAUCGAGCGACAGUGUACACUGCCAGAGGGUAGUACGGGCUACAAGCUGGAACCGUUCCACGACUACGUUAUCCCCAAUCACAUGCCAGUGUUGAUUCCCAUCUACGCAAUCCAUCGAGAUCCAAAGUAUUUCCCCGACCCGGAACGGUUCAAUCCGGAACGAUUCGCGAAAGAGAACCUGGACCAAAUACAACCCUGCACGUACAUGCCGUUCGGCGUUGGACCACGCACCUGCCUCGGAUCCCAUUUCGGAACGUUGCAAAUCAAGAUAGCCCUCAUGAAGCUGCUCUCCCACUAUCGUAUCGAUCGAUCGCCGUCCACGCCGGAACGGUUAACCUACCGCAAGAACGCUUUCACGCUGAACUCCAACGAAGGACUUUACGCCGACCUUGUCCAGGAUGUUUUGAAAUAGUGUGGGAAUAAACCAGGUUGAUGAAAAACAAA